AUGCUUGGUUUCCUACUACAUCAUACGUCCGUAGUCAUCGUUGUAACUGCAGUUCUGUCAUUCGGUGUAUUAGUUAUCUCAACCCAAACAAGCUCAAAGGCGAUCAUCACCUGCGAUGUUUCUCAGUACCUUGAUCGUACUAAUAACAAAUGUGUCAACUAUUUUUCGCGAGGUGAGAAAGCUAGCAGCGCUUACGAUGUACCCAUCGACUCGGGUAACACUGCGUGGAUGCUCAUAUCGAGUGCCAUGGUGAUGCUUAUGACACCAGGUGUUGCCUUUUUUUAUGCCGGUUUGGCUGGUGAUGACAUGGCAUCCAACACCAUGAUGAUGUCAUUUAUGAGCAUGGCAAUGGUGUCGAUUCAAUUCUUUGCCUUUGGAUACUCUGCAUGUUUUUGCUCGGAAGGCGUAUUCUCGUGGGCCGGAUACACCAACGUUGGCGCUAAUGUCAGUGGUACAUAUGGUACACGUAUCCCUCAUCUCCUCUUCGCCUUCUUUCAGACGCAAUUUGCUUCAAUCACACCAGCGUUGAUUAGUGGUGGCAUUAUUGGCCGCAUGAGGUUCGGAAGCUAUUUACUUUUCAUUUUACUGUGGACUUCCCUUGUUUACGAUCCACUUGCGCGUUGGAUGUGGUCACAUGAACUCGAUCUCGACUGGAAGAUCACCGCUAUGGGAUGGGAAGGCAAAUUAGGUGCCUUGGAUGUUGCCGGUGGCGCAGUCGUUCACGUCUCGAGUGGAUUUGCCUCUCUUAUAGCGGCAAUAGUUGUGGGCAAACGAUUCAAUCACGGGGAGCCGGUGAAACCACACAAUGUUCCACUUGUGAUGAUUGGAGCUACAUUAUUGUGGUUCGGCUGGUUUGGAUUUAAUGCCGGAUCCCAUGGUGCUGCUGACGGGAUUGCCGCGAUCGCUGCUAUGAAUACACAUUUGGCAGCGUGUGCUGGAUUUUUGACCUGGUCUGCUCUUGAGUUUAGUGUCCACAAAAAGGUGGAACUAUGCGGUUCGGUCAGUGGAGCUGUUGCUGGACUCGGAGCUAUCACUCCUGGCUGUGCCUACGUUUACCCAUGGUCCGCAGUCAUUAUCGGUGUUGUUGGUGCUCUUACUGGUUUUGGAGCCGUUCAUCUUAAAAACGUAUUGCGUUAUGAUGACACCCUUGAUUCCUUUGGUAUUCACGGCUUGAGCGGUUUUAUGGGUGGUCUGCUGACAGGUAUAUUUGCAACACCCGACAUUAAUCCGGCGAUUAAGGGUGGUGUAUUUCACGGUCAUGGACAGCAAUUCAUUCAUCAGCUUAUUUCACAAUGUGUGGCCGCUGGCUACUCAACAAUAAUGACAUUUCUCAUCUUGAUGGCGCUCAAGUACACGGUGGGUCUUCGUGUUUCUGAGGAUAAAGAGGUGAAUGGUAUGGAUAACUCGUACCACGGCGGGCAGGCAUACGACUAUAGUGCUCACAGUGGACACAGCUCACCCAACCUUAAGAUGGCUGAGCCGCCCUCCAGCGACUUUAUGAUGAUGCCCUUGGCUCAGUCCAACCGACUGAGUGUAAUAUGA